CAUUCCUUUUUCACGGCCAAACUGACUGGCGCCAGACCAGCAACGGUGCAGAGCCAAGAUGGCGAUGGCAGUGGAGACGACAGGGAAGGGUCUAGGCCCCAAUCCCCACAUGAGAACAUGCACAUACAGGGAGACAUUUUCCAACGAAUGUUGGUCGACAUGGCAGCCAAGAUACACUCCACUGUGCAAACAGCUAUCUCAGA